AUGUUAGAGGUGCAAAGUCUCGUGCUGCCGAAGUAUGGUUUCGAGGGCUCGCGCGCCGGAGUGUACAAGAUGAUGGCAGCCAUGGGACCUUAUGUGGAGCGGCCGGAGUUCACUGAACUCGCAGAAGAAAUUAACAGCCUACUGGGGUUGCGAUCUCCUCCAGAGACUUGGCGGGGCUUGUCCAAAGCAUGCGCAAGGGCGAGCAAGGAACAGGCCUCCAACGGGCUGGAUGAAAUGCAGACUGCCUACACAAAUGGCAAAGACAAGGAGACAUACGACAACGUCAAGGGAAUUCCACAGCCAGGGGUGUGGCCAUCGGGCAAGAAGCCACCGUUCAGGCUCUCGAUCGCCGGAAGCUGGAACAGCUUCAUGCCUGACGCCAUGGAGUGGGAAGAUGGUUUGUUUGUAUUUCCCAUGGAAAUUGGUGACGAUGGUUGGGACUGCUUCCAACUUCUGGAAAAUGGUAGUUGGGACCGCGUUAUCUAUCCCAGCAUCGAUGAGGCGGGCGCAGAGGACAAGUACACUGUCUGUGGGCCUGAUGACUCCGGGCAGAAUCGGAGCUGGCAGAUCGGGAAAACAGAGACCGAGGAGGCCACUCCCGGCUCGCACUUUGUCGUCUGCGUGUCACUGGACGACAAGGGUACAGUCAGCCGGGUGUCAUGGGAGAAACUUUAA